CGUCAGCUACGCAUGCGCACAGUGACAGACGGCACUGCAGAAGCUCUGAACUCGUAAGCGUAUCGAUUUUUAUGAUUGUAGUGUCUGUUUCGGUAGUUUUAGUGUCGUUCCAUGGCAGAGUCAGUGAAUGGGGUGUUUAUAUAAGGCAAGACGAAUCAGUAUUGUGUGACUGAGAACGUUAGAAGAUGACGAAGGACAGAUUAGCUGCCCUUAAGGCGGCUCAGAGUGAUGAUGACGAUGUUGGACCUGAUGAUGUUGCUGUCAACGUCGAAGGAAGGGAUGGCUUCAUGGAUGAAUUUUUUGCAGAGGAGGCGCAGUCAACUGAUCGGGAUAGUGGAAAUGGAGGUGUUUCAGCAUAUGUCAGAAACUUGUUUCAGAGCUUGGUCCCUGGUGAAUCCUUCAGAAGGUUAUACAAUCGAUCUUCCAUGAAUUCGUUUUCUGAUUUUCAUUCAUUUUUGUCUAAGGUGGAAGAGAUUCGGGAGAUGAUAGACAAGAUACAAGCCAAUGUGGAAGAAGUGAAGAAAAAACACAGUGCCAUCCUCUCAGCUCCUCAGACUGAUGAGAAGGUCAAACAGGAGCUGGAGGAUUUAAUGGCUGAUAUUAAAAAAACUGCCAACAAAGUCCGUGCCAAAUUAAAAGUCAUAGAGCAAAACAUAGAACAAGAAGAACAUACAAAUAAGUCGUCUGCUGACUUGAGGAUACGAAAGACUCAGCAUUCGACACUGUCAAGAAAAUUUGUUGAAGUAAUGACAGAGUACAAUAGAACGCAGACAGACUAUAGAGAACGAUGCAAGGGUAGGAUACAGAGGCAGCUAGAAAUAACUGGCAGAUCAACAACAAAUGAGGAGCUGGAAGAUAUGUUAGAGCAAGGAAACCCAGCUGUGUUCACACAAGGGAUAAUAAUGGAGACUCAGCAAGCCAAACAGACCCUAGCAGACAUAGAAGCAAGGCAUGCAGACAUCAUCAAAUUAGAAAACUCUAUUAGGGAACUGCAUGACAUGUUCAUGGACAUGGCAAUGUUAGUGGAAAGCCAGGAUGCAACAAUUGACAGGAUUGAGUAUCACGUUGACGAAGGUAGAGAAAAAGUGGAUUUCGCCAGUAAAACGUUAACCAAGGCUCGGCGAUUGCAUUCCAGUUUUACUAAGAAAAAGAUCCUGUUAAUAAUCUGCCUCGUAGUAGUCGCCAUCAUUUUAAUUAUUAUUUUGGCAGUCACUUUGAGCUGAAUGCCUGGUGAAAUAGUUACCUAAGACUCGCUUGCGUUAACCCCACGUCCCUAAAGUCUGUUGUGCCUGAAAAUCUGUUAAGGGAGAGCAUUUGUAAACAAUGUUACAGUGCAGGAAUCAGUUUCAUAAAGUAUUAGUUUUGGUAGGUAUUUACAACAUUUUGCACUGGGAAGUCUUGAAGUGAGAUGACAUCUGCUGGCUUUGCGAGGAAACGUAAGCGCAAACUCUACCUUACAUGCUCGGGUGUGUGUGUUUUCUGUCCCUUGUUUGGAUUACUGAUGAAAUGUUCAGGACAUUGUGUAAUUAAUGUAUAGUAGUAAAUUAGUUAAAAUGAGAGUAAAUUAUGAUAUUUUCAUUACAACAACAAUAAUUUUGUAAUAUAUAAUUUGAAAAUGUUGAUAGCAAUAUGAAAAAGUGUGAUAAAUAUUUGAAUAUUCUUGCUUUGAAAGCAGAUGAUUGUAAUAAUACAGAAUACUUCUUAUAGCUGGCAGUUCAUAUGGUGGGCUAAUAAAUCCAGUUUUAUGAUAUUUGUUAAAAAGGCAGUGUUGGAAAUAAUUAUGUUUAAAACUUGGAUGUUGAAAUGUAAUCAUGUUUCAUUAUACUUGCUGCUGCUCAAUAGCAUAAAUAAUAAUGAAGUUCCUAUUGUUUUAUGCCUCCUGUAAAUUUAUCAAGUUAUUCAUACUAUUUAAAACCUGUCAGUUCUCUGUCAACUAGAUGGGUAAUACCUUUUUCUCCAUAAUUGGCUUUCUGGGGAAGUCUGAACAUGUUUGUACAGUUUUAAAGAAAAGAAUAAAAUGCCUAAUUAUUCACUAGUUACAUUGAAAACCGCAAUGCCUUUUUUUGACAUUAUUCUGUAUUGUGUUAUGUAUAAUUAAAAUACAAAACAUUCAUUAAAAAUGUAGUUUCGAAGUUGCUUCUACCUUAUUAGUUUAGCAAUAUAAAACAACAAAUCAUUAAUGUAACAGUCUGCUGCCAUAGCAUGGUGGUGAGGCAACUAGAAGUACUAGUACCACUACUGCUGCAUGGCAGUGAGGAGUUUUUCAUCUCAUUUCUAUCACAUGAAACUGCCUGGAGUACCUCUUUUAUAAAAAUAAAACUAAUUACAUAGAGAUAUUUUCUGAUGCAUGUAGUAGAAUUCUUAAAAUGCCUUUUUGCAUUAUAUUUAAGUCACAGCAUAGUAGAGAAAAGUUAACAGAAGUAUUGACAGCAUUUUUCUAAGCAUUUAAAAUAUUUUAAUUAUUUUUACAGUCAAGUUGCAUUUUAUAAAAAUUAGAUGCUUUAUUUAUAUUUCAAUAUUUCUAUAUAAUUACUUUGUAUUUUUUUAUGAAGAAUUCAUCUUGAUUACUGUCCCAUAGGAAUAAUUUCUUCACUUGACAAGCUUUCCUGGUAGUGCAUUGUUUUUUGAAUCUCAUAAAAUGUGUUAAUCAAAAUUAAACAAUGUCAGAUGUGUCAUCAGUUGUGGCUGGGAGGAUAAUGUGCAAGCUCAUAUGCAGACUGGAAUGGUAAAAUAGUAUCACAUUGGAAAUAUAUACUUCUUUCCAACCAUGAUAAAAUAUCACCAAAUGCAAAUACUCUUGGAUGUUUCUAGGUUUUAACUUAGUUAAAAUUUCACUUGUAUUGUAGUUGCAGUAUGAUGUGCAGGGAAAGUAUUAGUCACUAACAGAAAGGUUAAAAUUUAAAAGUUGUCAAUAAGCAGUGCCUUCUUUCCUUAAAUUUUUUUAUAAUACACAGGACAUUAUUUUUGUAUUUCAUACUAAGAUUUCUUAAUAUAGUGUAAUGAAUUUCAUGAAUGACAAUAAAUAGUAAACUGCAUAACUAAAUUAUUUUGAAUAACUUUUUUCAAAGUGGUCAAGACUUCAUCAUGAGCCCAGCAGAGUAAAAAUAUCAACCAAGGAGUAAUUAAAUACAGAAAAUGUGAAGUCCUUCUUAAAUUCUUUCUCAACCCCCCCUCCCCUAUUUUUGCUCUCUGCCCUCUCCUGUCCUAUUUACUCAGUGUGCCCCAAAUAAGAAGUAUUAAAUGUAAAAUGACUUCAGGCACUUUAUCUAGAUUAGUUCCAUGUGUUGCAUUUAGAACAUGGGCUAGAAAAUGUAUCUCCUAGCAGCCCUUGUGAGUGAGUAAAAAACCAUGUGAAAUUAAUUUUCCUCAAUGUUACUUUCUUAUGACACAUGUAAGCUGUAUUCUCUUUGUUGCAAACUAUGAUCAGAUGUGACCCAUAUUGCUUUCAGGGUAAUGAGACUCCCAGUCACGAAUUAUCUGUUUUCUCAUUGUUAAAGUGAUACCAUGUUAUUGUAGCCCACUUCUGCACUAAACGUUUUAAAUAUUUCCUUCUGCAAGUUUCUUGCUCUGGACAAUGCAAAAAAGGUGGUGCAGUUUCUUUAUAAGUCCUCUAGAGCUCCUUGAUUUUCAUUAACAGCUUUACAUAUAUUCAUCUCUGUUUUGCCUGUGAACAAUAUUAAAGUAUACAAUGGUAAUGUGCUUUGUCUUCUAAUUUUUAUUUAAUUAGAAAUGUACACACAUGGAACUACCAUAUACUUAGGUUCAUUACUGAAUGACAUGUCAAACUGAAUGAACAGCCUUACGAACAGGGUAUUGAAUCAAAACAGUUUCUUUGUGUCUCAACAUUUCCUGAAACUUGCUCCUGCCGAUGGAACAAAAUUCCACAAAUUUCAGAACUAAGACAAUUCAUUAAUGAAAUUUUUUUUCUUAAACAAUAAAUGUUGCCCUUAUUGGCAGAAAAUGGUGCAAUCAAUACAGCCACUGACAUAAAAGUACCAAGAAUGAUCAUGGAAUGGCAGUGAAACUAGACACACACAUGGGAAGGAUAGCAGUUCCCUGGUUUUCCUAAUUGCAUGAGACUCUUCCCCUAAUGGUUAAUUUACUUGCACAUCCUUCCCCAAUCCAACUUUGUGUAAUGAAUAUGAUUCUCUAUUCAUGUAAUGUCCCUCUUGCAGUCAUUAAGGCGAUAAACUAGUCUUUCAUACUACUGUUUUCUGAGUAGAAUGUUCCAACUUAUAUGGAUGUAUGGAUAAUUGUGUUUAUUAAUAAUUAGUUCCUAUUUCAAGCAUGUAGUUAUUUGCAGAACCACUACAUCUCUAUUCUGUCCCAGCAGAAUAAAAAUUCUGAGGAAGGAGGUAAACAGACCAAGUAUGCCAAUUUGUACAUAAAUAAUUUUGUGUAAUUACUCUUCUGUUAAUUAAAAUUGUACAUCUGCUGCUCUCAUGCUUCAUUAUUACAUCCACACAUUUGCAAUUAACCGUCUUAUCUUAAACCCUGUCAUAUCUUGCUUCUUUAGAAUAUCUCCACAAAAACAAUCACAACUAUGUUUUCUGAUCCCAUGCAUAGUGCUAUUAUGCUCAAUAAUCUUAUUUUUACUUUAAUAUUGUUACAUUUUUUCUACUUUAAAUACUUCUGGAACUGGUACUUUUUUAACUUCCAAAUUUCACCUGUUGACCUGCCGCCACAAUCACAACUGCAGAUAGAUGGACAGAGUUAAUAUACAAUCUUUCUAGUGAAUUUUUUCAGUCUGCAGAAACUGAACAGAGGAGAAAAAUUGAUAAUUUGCAUGCUGCAAUGACAUUUUGUUUUGUGAAGCAGCUUGUGUGCAACCUGCUCUCUUAAUUAGUCACUGAGGUAGACAAGCAUUAGAGGUGGUCUGAAACCUCUGAAGACAAGAAUUGAAACAAUUGGCCGUAAGGGCAAAGAAAAGAGACAUGGGUAUAUGAUAACUGGGAGCCACAUUAAGAUACCUUGUAGUUAAAGAUCGUGUGAGGAGCCGCAGUGGAGAAGUAAGGAAAUGUUACUAACAGUUCACACUCAAGGUUAACAUAAAAGAUUUUAUAGAAGAAACCAGAAGCUGCUAAUGUUUGCACUGCCACCUUGGGACAAUGUUCUUUUAUUUGACAAUACAUACUAUUACAAUUGGUUAAGAUGACCCAGCAAAAGCAGCAAUAAUUAGCUUCUUGAACAGUAAUUAUGGAAAUGAUCUUCAUGAAUGUGGUGCAAAACUCAAGAAAUUUAGUCCAAAAUGUGAUUGAAUAUCAGUUGUGUAUACUUUUCAUCCUCUGGCUGUUAACACAUUUCUCAUGAGAACUUGGCUCCAGUAUUUUGGAAUUUGAUACUAUAUCAUUGUCUCCCUAUUAUGAAAGCGAGCAAUGGGGUUAAGUAAUAGGACAGGGAUUUGAAACAUAUAGUUUCCCAAUUAUCCAUGCAGACAACCAGAUUUAAAUUUCAAAGCAAAUCAGUUCACUAGAACAACAGGGAGUUUCCUUAAAAAAAAUUCAAAGGCAGUUUUUCUGCUGCAGCUUUGUCCAAUCCAACCUUUGGCUCUAUUUCUUAAAGGCUUGUUGUUGUUGAUGUAGUAAAUGCUACACUUUUUUCUAGUUAUCAACAGUAGUUUCAGGUCGUCAUUAAAACAGCCUCUGAUAUGAGAUGAAUGUCUUCAGGGUGUGUACAGAAAGCAGAACAACCGUUUCAGAUGUUUUCCAUGCUAUCAAAAGGUGUAUUUAAGAUGAUGUGCAUUUAAAGUCUUGUAACAAAUCUGUCAUAUUUUCUGUUUAUCCUCUUAGUGAAUAAUGUCUACAGUGAUGCAUAUGCCUUAUUUGAUAGGUAAUUUGACAAGAUACCUAAGUAAACAAAAUGUAUUAGAUAUUUUGAAAGCAAGGCAUAAUUUUUAGAAUGUAGGGGUGUACUUAAAUGGAGGUACUUAAGUUAUUGUGCCAUACAGUGAUGUUUGUUGUUGAACACCAACCGAAACACGAAGAAUAGAAUUUUGCCUAAUUGGCUUUGUAACAAAUCCAGUCACUUUGGCACUGUUCACAUACAUUUUGCUUCGUUCUCUGUUGUAUCUCCUUUGUUAUAGAGAAACUAACACUGGCAUAGGAGUAGUCCUAAUCAAAUUUGCAUUUACACAUUUCUGUGAGCCUCUUUCUUUUGUUGUGUUUUUUAAAUUUCCACCUGGUCAUUCACAUUUGUUUUUCCAUUUUUUGUCUGCAAUAGUUAAUGCUGAUGUUACGAUGGUAAAUCUGGAAAAAAUGAAACUUCUUUCCGCCAGUUCAUGUUCGUGUUCUGGCACUAACACACUCAUCAGUGUGUUGUUAAACCAUACUCUUCCUUUGUCUUUUUACAAUAAUUAAUGAUUAUUGAUUGAUAAAUGCAUUCUGUACUUCACAGUGCAUUCUGUGAUUUUCUCUCUAACUUAAGACAUUUCAGUUUUUAUGUUACAUAUUGUGUUGUUGUUCAUAUGCAAGUAUAUUGGCUGUGUGUGUUAAAAAUUUUGUCUACUGGGGCACAAAUUUUAUCUGUAAUACAAGUGGUCCUUUGGAAAGCAAUGAGAGGGUUGAAACAUGUUACUGUUCUGUUGUAGAGUCUUGAUUGUCCUGAGCUGUCACAGGUACUCGUUGUUCAAAUCUUUUCAUAAAUAUUACCACAUGUAAUUGUAAUAUAAUUGGAUAAUUUAAAAAUUGACUCAACAAGCGGUGGCAGGAUCAACGAUUCUUCUGGAAGAAAGGUUGAAGGAGACUGAAGAUGGCUGGAGGAACACACACACACACACACACACACAUAUUCUACAGUCACUAGAUUUAAAUUUAGUUUUAAAGGCCUUUCCAAGGACUCGAGGAUUGACAAUGUAUGUGGUAGGGAAGAAAAGGGGAGAGCACCAAAUGUUAGGUCACUAGUGUGGAAAAUGGAAGGGUGAUGGGCACCAAAUUCUCAAUUUUGUGAGAAAAUAUUCUCGAUAAAGGCCUGCUGUGUGAGCUGAAAUGCCAGUCCUUGAGAGGCAUGGAUGUCAAAAAAAAAAGGUAUAGAUGAUUGAGAGACUGAGAAGUAAAGAGAGUUAUUUACUAGUGGAAGACCUUCUGAAUGAAUACAUGCAAUCCUUCCCCAGCAGUUUUAAUACAUUUGCUGAGCUUUACUCUUUCUUUCUCUGAACAUUGGUUUUGAACCGCUGUUGGUUCCUAUAUUUUAUUCAAACUGCUUUCACGUGGUUAUAUGUCUGCCAGAUUUUUAUGAUUGGGCAAAUUUCUAUGUGAUUUGUGUACAUAAGUGUCCAGAGGUCUGUUAACUUCCAGUGGUGGUGGUGACAAAAGUACUUAAUUCAAAAACAGAGUCUUCUCUUACAGCCUCAAUGAAAGUUGUCUAAGUAGCCAAAUAACACAUCAUACCGAAAUCACCAGGAUAAUUGACAUAUUAUAUAGUUUUACUAGAAUAGAUAGGUACCUUAUUAGGAGACAGUUUUUUUUAUUUCCAAAUUAAUCUUUCUGGUGAAUAACUAGACAAUAUAAACUUGUGAAUGGACUGUUAAGACAUUUUGACACUUAUGAUAAAUGUCUGAUUAAAAUAGCUGACAACAGUUUUAAAGGAAAGGAAACAAACUUAAAGAAAAGUGAUGCUUAAAUGGCACUUUAAAGAAACAUAUUUUGCAUUAUAAACAUGGGACAAAGGCAGUGAAGUUGAACAGUUCACCUGUUUGUAUAACCUCAAGCCAGAGCAACUACAGAAAGGGAUCUUGUAAAAUAUGCUACUCACUGUUGUCAGGAAACUCAUCACCAUAGGAGCUAAAUUGCAUUAUUUUACAAACCUGAAAUAUCACUCAUGUCAGUGAAGUCAUCAUAAGGUUGGGAAACCCUAAAAGACUUAAUCAUUCAGCUUGCUGUUGACUUUGAAACAUGAAAUAAGCAAAAGUUUUUCUACAUCCAGCAAAUGUAAUUCAAAUACCAUAUAUUCUAAAAUAUAAUCACUCUUAUCAGUAAGGUAAUUUUGACUGGACUCAAGUGCAAUAAUAUAAAGCAUGUAAAUGAGGAAGACGAAAAUUAUUGUGUUGAAUGAAAAUGAAAAAUCAAUGGGACCAAAUGCUUUCAUGUUGAAUUUCUGAGAUGUGAAACAGUGGACGGAGUAUAUCUGAAUGACAGUAAUGUUAGUCAACAAACAGUAAAUUUUAGUAAGUCAUUGUUUACAUACGCUUGCCCAGCUUCCUCAGCUUGAUUGUCAGUGUGGGAUGAAUGAUACUGUUCUCAAACUGGUGAUGGGAAAUGAGGGUAUCUUGACUCUCGAAAGCUUAAAUCCUCUUCGCACAAAGUAUGCUUCUUUUUACCCUCUGAAAGAUAAAGUGCUUCUUGUGUGACAAUUAUUGACAUGCUGAAAGCAACAGGUUUUGAAUUCCUCUCCACCAUGGCCAUAAGCUGCAUGACAAAUAAGGGUUUUUGAGUUCCAUUCAGAGUGAACAGUGUAUGUGCAAGCUGUAUGUAUUUGCAGCACCAGAGAGUGAAUGAGGAGGAAAUCAAAUUGCAUAACUUUAUCCUAGGGUGAUCAUGUGAUGGUCAUGAAUCACAAAGAUAUAUACUGAUUAAUGAGUGUUGCCAUGAGUGAGAGAUCAGCAUGCAAGAUUGUUGGUGUGAAUUUGUAAAUAUUGAGUCUUAAUGACAGUGGAAAAUCUGGAAGGAAGAUCUGAUAGCUUCAUGGGACUGAAUGAGAAGCUACUUCAGGAAAUAAAUGGUGAAAUUGCAGUACAAGCUGCUGAAAAGAAAUAAAAUGUAUAGGUGUUUCAUCAUUUUAUUGAAUACAGUGUUUUAAUACAUGGUGGUGGCUACCUAGAGGUGGUAAUGAGCAUUUGUGUGCAUCACAGUAAAUAAAUUGCAAUGUUUUUGGGAACACAAACUUAUUUUUUUGUGUUACAGAUGAUGAUUUACACAGUAAUGUAAGCACAUUGUUUUCAUGGAGAGUUGUGUUUGUAAACAAUGCACUGUUUGUGUCUUAUUGGCUAAAUUUCAUUUAUGAAGACAUACUUGACCUUUAUGAGCUCAUACAACAUAUAAGAUAAUUUGACAGGGCAGUAACACAUGCAUUUAUUAAGUGAAAAUAAUAAACCUCAUUUGUUUCUAAAGAUCAGUUAAACCAAAAUUGGUUCUUUGUCAUUUUUGUAAAUAAUUGAGUUUGUAACAAUUAAUUUACAUCUGAUGCCAAAGCAGAUGUUCCUUGCAUGCCGCAGCAUACCAAUUGGAGCUGUGUUGAGAGGAGAUAAAUAUCUUUCACAGCCAGAAUAUUUAAAUUCCCUGCAAUAUUUUUUUUAUAUAAGUACAUCCUCAGGAGGGUGCAGCACAUCUUGCUUUCUUCUGAGAUGCUUCAAAAUUCUGAAGUGCUUGCCCCAUUUUAUUCAGACUUUAGAGGAAGAAACCAAAGUGAAACAUCAUGAUUGACAAGCGCUUCAUGGUUUGAAAACUGUUAGUAUAAACAAAUGUAGCUUCUCAUAGUAGUCUUGAGGCAUUUAUUUUAAUUUUUUUAACUCAUUCGUUCACUUUAAAGUAAAGGUAUUAUUUUUGUCUAGGGAUAGUGACUAAAAAAGUUAUUGUAGUGAACUUCAUUCAGAAUGGGAAGAUGAUGAUGACUGACUGCACAUUGGGAUACAAUAACUGAAUGUGUAUGUGGGGGGGGAUUUAUGAUGGAACUCUUCGUCAGGUGAACUCGAGCUACUGUCCUUUCUUCCAUAAACUUGUUGACAAGUGUCUCUUACCAACAGAAUGUAUUAAAUUUAUGUAAGAGUGGACUUUCAAUUUGUAAGAAGCCUUCCAUUAUAUGAAGCUAUGCAUGAAUUAUCCUCCCAGAUGUAGAGAUUGUUAGAAUUAUUUCCUUUACUGUGUAUAGAGUGUCUCUUUAUGUGUCUUUUUAACAAUAUUAUUAUUAUUAUUAUUAUUAUUAUUAUUAUCAUCAUCAUCAUCCAUCAUCAUCAUUGUAAUGGAAAUAUGUGAAUGAAAGAUAGCUAAUGAUUUGAGGACAAACUACUACUUCUUAAUAUGGAGAAAAUACAGAAGCAAAUUGGCACAUAAAGCUAGUAGUUUUUAACAAAUGUACCUGAGGGCGCGCGCACACACACACACACACACACACACACACACACACACACACACACACACACACACACGCACGCACACACGUAUUUUACCCCUCCCCUCCAAUGAUUGUUGGUGGAGAAUCCCUCAGUUUUUAUGAGCCUCUUUUGGUCCAGUGAGUUUUCUGUGCUUCAAUUAGCGAUUAUUCGUCAUGCUAUUAUUUGCAACAAUUUUCAGAAAGUAUUGUCUUUGAUCUUUUCGCAGAUACUCUUAUCUGUGCUCACCUUAUUCCAGCAAUUUUUUUGUAACUUCAGAGGUAAAAACCUAGUGCAGAAAUUCACAGGUCAUAUUGAAAAAUUAGAACUGUCAGAAAAAUAUGUAGUAAAUACAUACUAAUUGUUGAGAAAUAAGUGUGAAUUACUUUUUAGAAAUAAAUAAAUAAAGGUAGGAAUAAAUCAGUUAUCCAUUUUGUGUUUCUCAAGUACACUGUUUAGCAUAGUCGCAGUUUAUGUACUGCACAGUUUGCUUCAAAUUUUCUUUUUCUUUUGGUCUUUUUGUUAUUUUUUAAUGCAUGAUUUUAACUGAAUAUUAAAUUUUUCACAGUUUCAUUGUUGUGUAAAAAUUUGUUAUGAAUUAUAACAAAUAAUAUUAAUAUUACAUGAUGUUGAUGAUAAAACUUUAAUGUGAUAUUGUUGCUAUAAAAGUUAUGUGUGAUGGGGGAGGGGGGAAUUGUUUUAAAUAAUACUUUAAACACCUUCCUUGCUAUAUUAAGGCUUCCCAGAGCAAAUGCAUUUCUACAUGCUCCUUGUAAUACAAGAAAUCUGCACGUACUUACUAAUUCCUGUGUCCUAAAUAUUUCGGACAGUAUGCCUAGUUUGUAUUAAGCAUUUUACAUUUAAUGUAAUACUUCUAUAAUUCAGUGCAAUACUCAAGAUUUGAAUAUUUUAAAGAAAGUCACUAUUGUUUGUGAUAGCCAUUUAAUGUAUGUUACCAGCAUCACAGGUGCAAAAAAAAAAAAAAAAAAAUUGAAAA